CCUUGCUUAGUGCUCUAUAUUUGGUUUUGGAGGGGAAAGCUUGGGGGGUAAAGCAAGAAGGAGGUCCCUCCAUACCUCCCAUUUGCUCAUGAGAACAUAGAAGGAGCCUUUUCUGGGGUGCAGAAAAGAACCAUUGGGAAGGCAGAAAAGGGGUCCUUUACAAGAGGAGAAAAAGUAUCCCCUCCUUUUUAAAAAAAACUCAAACUUUCCCCUUUUUUUGCACUAUGAUGAAAGUGUUCUUGCUCGGUCUGGCUCUACUGCGGGUGGAUUCUCUGAUGUACCCAGCAGUCAUAUCUCCCCAAGACCCCACCCUCCUCAUCGGCUCUUCACUGACAGCCUCCUGCUCAGUUGACGCUGGUUCGAGCCUGAGAGCCGAGGAUCUUUACUGGACUCUAAAUGGCCGACGGCUCCCGGCGGAGACCUAUGAGGUCCUCAAUGCCACCACGCUGAGCGUGACCAUCUCCAGUUUGAAUGGAUCACAGCAGCAGUCGGGGGAUAACUUGGUCUGCCACAGCAGGGAUGGAGGCAUCUUGGCCGGGUCCUGUCUCUACAUAGGAUUGCCCCCAGAGAAGCCAACCAACAUUUCUUGCUGGUCCAAGAACAUGAAGGAUCUUACCUGUAAGUGGGCACCUGGGACAGAAGGGGAGACUUACCUGCAUACCAAUUACACUCUCAAGUACAAACUAAGGUGGUAUGGGAGGGAUAACACCUGUCAGCAGUAUCACACGGCUGGGCCAUAUUCCUGCCACAUCCCCAAAGACCUAGCUCUCUUCACACCUUAUGAAAUCUGGGUCGAGGCUUCCAACCGACUUGGGGUGGCUGUGUCCGAAGUGGUCAUGCUGGACAUCGUCGAUGUUGUCACUACUGACCCACCCUCGAAUGUCCACGUGAGCCGUGUCGGUGACUUGGAGGACCAACUCAGCGUCCGAUGGAGUGCACCACCAGCCCUCAAGGACUUCCUCUUCCAAGCCAAAUAUCAGAUCCAGUAUCGAGUGGAGGACAGUUCGGAGUGGAAGCAGGUUGUGGACAACGUGGGGAACCAGACCUCAUGCCGCCUGGCAGGGCUGAGACCAGGCACCGUCUAUUUUGUCCAAGUGCGUUGUAACCCGUUUGGUAUCUACGGUUCAAAGAAGGCUGGCAUCUGGAGCGACUGGAGCAACCCCACAGCGGCCUCCACGCCUCGGAACGGACGGGCCACGGGUGUCUGCGAGCCAAAGAAUGGAGAGCACAACAACACGCUGCGCCGGGAACUCAAGCAAUUCUUCGGGUGGAUGCGCAAACAUGGAAGUUCGUACGGCUGCGCCAACCUGAGCAUCAAAAUGUACGACCAGUGGCGCGUCUCGUUGCAAAAGUCACACAAAACGCGGAACCAGGUAGGUCCUAUCCGGCGAUAAAUCCUAGCAAAGUUUGAAGGAGCAACAAGCCCAGCCCAUGUGGACUCUUCUGCGGUUGCAAGGACCGGUUCUUCUUUCCUGGCAGGACAGGGAAGCACAAAAGGCUUGUCCUAUUGCAAGCUGCUGGAGGAGGAAGAUGCUUGUUUUGGGCCCACUGGCUCUGAAAACGAACCUUCUUGGCACCAUCAUGUUCACUUCCUCCCUGUCAAGUGGCAAGGAGUGCCACCACCAGCUCUCUCCUCCCCGUUCCUGCAUCUGAACAGACCUUGGCUCAGCAACGUUUCUCGCGCUAUCAGCACUCCGGAGAACGUGAACAUCCCCAACUCUUCCCAUUUUUGCCCCCUUUGUGUCUGCCGCAAGAAGCUGGAGUUGCUACUAGGGCUUACCAUCCCCCUACCAACCCUCAAGAGGGCUCAGCAACCCACCGAAAAACGAAAACUCGGCCAGUGAGCUCAGGGGGUUUUAGAAGCCUGGAGAUCCGGGUGAGUGUGAAGGAAGUGGCCAAGUUAUCUCCUGAAAUUUCAAGAUGAUUAAAAAUAAAUAAAUUUGUAGUACAUUUGUGUUCACA